UUCACUCGCUCUCUUGUUUGCAACUGUUAUAUUUAUAUGGGCUGGUAGUUUUUCGAUCGGGAGGCUAGGAGAGCUACGAGUCCGCUCUAUGGUGCUGGUGUUCUCUGUUCGUGUGAUAUAUUUUGAAGGUGUUACGCUGACACAGUUCGGUUUUUGUGUGUGAAUCGGUCAUACAGACGAUAAUACCGCGAGAGCAAAGCAAAUGCAAAACUGAGCGAGAGAGAAAGAGAGAGAGAGAGAAAGAGAGAGAGAGGCCCAAACACACAACGAGUUUUAUCAUGCAUAUGCAAAACAAGUAUUGAAUAAUCGAUAAGGUGGUUUUUGUGCUUACUUCGCUCUUCACGACGAGAAUAUAUCUCGUUAAUUCUUCUGUCGGUGUAUGUGAUGGUGCAGUUUGUGUAUGUGUGUGUGUGUGCAGUGAGUGUCUUGUAAUCUCGUUAUAUUAAUCGAGUAAAUUGGCGGUGCCUGUGCUUCGCUCUCACUCUCAUCAAGCGCGAAGCACCAAAAACAAAACGACCAAUACAAUAAAAAAAAACAAGAAAUCCAAAUAACCUGAAACCAGAAUGACUGAGAGUCGAACGAUGGAACAAUGGCCACGACGAUGGUGACAACAACAAAAUCGCUGGAGAUGUAGCUCAAAAGUGAGCGCGUGAUAACAGCAAGGAACAUCAAAUAGAAUAAUAAAAAUUAACAACAAAAACAUAUACACAAGGAAUGGAAACAUAAUUCCAGCCAAAAUUUUUCGUUGCCGCUCUUCUCGUCAACUAGAACAUCAGCAUCGUUAAUUCAUUAAAAAGCAAUAAACAUUGAUCAAAACAAAACACAACCAAAAAAAAAACAAAAAACUAAAAAAAGAAACAAGAAACAAAAGAAGAAAUUACGCAUGUUCUUACAUCAUCAAAAAACAAAAUAAAUUACCAAAAAUUUAUAGUAACACAUUGUAUACAAUCAAAGAUAUAUCAUACAUAAUAUCGAUCCUCAAGCGAAUGCCAAAACAUACACACAUACACACUCACUCACUCACUUCAAAAGCAAAUCGAUGAGCUAAUGCAAUUUUACGAGAAUUGAAAAGUUUAUUUUUUUUCUGUUGUUGUUUUAUAAAAUGAAGUGAACCGAUAAACCGCGGGCUAGAGCGCCAAGUUUUCAACAAGAAACGACAGCGAAAAGCAAAUAGAAAACUUGGUCGGGGAAAAAUUUGUGUCGAUUAAACUUUUUAAGCGAGAGUGAAAGAAAGCGAAGAAAAGGAGUUUUAAAUUUUCCCGGACACAAAGGGUCGAUCGAAAGAGAGAGAAAGAAAGAGAGAAAAAAAACUAUCAUCAUGGCUGACGAUGAUAUGUCGGAGGAGCAGGAGAACAAAAUCAAUAUAAGACACCGAAACCGAAAAGGUGCACUUAAAAAGAAGAACAUCUAUAACAUCAAGGACCAUCGUUUCAUUCCUAGAUUCUUCAAACAGCCAACAUUUUGUUCGCAUUGCAAGGAUUUUAUUUGGGGGUUUGGAAAGCAAGGAUUCCAAUGUCAAAUUUGUUCGUUCGUUGUACAUAAGCGAUGCCAUGAGUAUGUAACAUUUAAAUGUCCAGGUGCUGAUAAAGGAGCCGAUUCCGAUGAUUCACAAAAACCCCACAAAUGGCAAAAUUAUACAUUUAUUACGCCAACCUUCUGUGAUCAUUGUGGUUCACUGCUACAUGGGCUCACCCAUCAAGGUCUAAAGUGUCAAGCAUGUGACAUGAACGUACAUAAGCGAUGCGAGGAAAGUGUUCCGAGUUUAUGCGGUUGUGAUCAUACAGAACGACGUGGGCGUAUUCAUUUAGGAAUAUCGUGCGUAGGAACAAAACUCUCUGUUGAAGUCAAAGAAGGACGAAAUUUGAUUCCAAUGGAUCCAAACGGAUUAAGUGAUCCCUAUGUUAAAAUGAAGCUCAUUCCCGAUACAGAUAAUGUUAAGAAGAAAACAAAAACCAUUAAGGCGUGUUUAAAUCCAGUCUGGAAUGAAACACUCUCAUUCGAUUUAAAAGCCGAAGAUCGAGAUCGGCGUAUCUUGAUCGAAGUAUGGGACUGGGAUCGUACGUCACGAAACGAUUUUAUGGGCUCAUUAUCAUUUGGAAUUUCUGAACUAAUGAAGCAGAAUCCAGCUGAUGGUUGGUACAAACUACUAACCGCUGAAGAGGGUGAAUUUUACAAUGUACCAGUUCCUGAUGAAGGCACCGACUUGGUUCAACUCAAGAGUCAAAUGCGUAAAACAUCAAUCACCAAGAGAAUCACAUCGGUUGAUCGUGAUUUGCCACACAAUAUGUCGAAAAAGGAUAUGAUUCGAUCAACUGAUUUUAACUUUUUGAUGGUACUUGGAAAGGGCUCGUUUGGCAAGGUUAUGUUAGCUGAACGUAAAGGUACCGACGAUUUGUUUGCCAUCAAAAUUCUUAAAAAAGAUAUCAUCAUCCAGGACGACGAUGUUGAGUGUACGAUGGUUGAGAAACGUGUAUUGGCAUUAUCGCAAAAGCCACCGUUUCUUGUUCAGUUGCAUUCAUGCUUCCAAACCAUGGAUCGGCUUUAUUUCGUGAUGGAAUAUGUGAACGGUGGUGAUUUGAUGUUUCAAAUUCAGCAGUGCGGAAAGUUUAAGGAACCGGUAGCAGUGUUUUAUGCAGCCGAAAUCGCUAUUGGACUGUUUUUCCUCCACUCGCGUGGUAUCAUUUAUCGUGAUUUGAAAUUGGAUAAUGUUUUGCUGGAUGCUGAUGGCCACAUCAAAAUUGCGGAUUUCGGAAUGUGCAAAGAAGGUAUAAGCAACGAUAAAACAACAAAGACAUUCUGCGGUACACCUGACUACAUUGCACCAGAGAUAAUCCUGUAUCAACCGUAUGGAAAAUCCGUGGAUUGGUGGGCAUACGGUGUACUGUUGUACGAAAUGCUAGUAGGUCAACCGCCAUUCGAUGGUGAGGAUGAAGAGGAGCUAUUUGCUGCAAUCACCGACCACAAUGUAUCCUAUCCGAAGAGCUUGAGCAAAGAGGCUAAAGAUGUAUGCAAAGGGUUAUUGACAAAGAACCCACAAAAGCGUCUCGGAUGCGGCGACCGGGGCGAGGAAGAUGUUCGUGGUCAUCUAUUUUUCCGUCGCAUCGAUUGGGAGAAAAUUGAGAGCCGUGAAGUGCAACCACCAUUUAAACCAAAAAUCAAACACCGCAAAGAUGUAUCGAAUUUCGACAAGCAAUUCACAUCGGAGAAAACCGAUCUAACACCAACCGACAAACUCUUCAUGAUGAACUUAGAUCAGAAUGAAUUCAACGGAUUCUCCUACCUCAAUCCCGAAUUUGUGACACACAUUUAAGAUGAUUCCGACGAUCGAUGGUUGCGGAACUUAUUCAACAAAAAAUGAUAAAUCGCAUGUUUGUGGAAACGAUUUGAAUGCUCGGUGGUUGCAUGGCACAGCUGCAUGUCGUGAAGACGAUGGAAAUCAAAUAGACAGACAAUUCACAAGUCGAACGGAUAGACCACGAUUGGCACACGAAGUCUACUUUCAAUGGCUUGCUAUUCCACCAUCGUUAAACAUCGAUGACAACGUGACGUGCAAGCUAACAACACAACGCUUACGGUUAACACAAAAGGAUCUGCUUAUUGCCGCUUAUUCCGGACCUAGUAUAAUGUAUCGUAAAUAAAACAGCGCAAUUCUUUCGGCACACAUAUUUUUCGAGCGGCAUCAAGGCAAAAGCCAAUUAAAUGACUACCCACCCACUCACUACAGCGAUAUCUUGCCGAUUAUACGAACACAAAGUUUACACAAACCAAAGACUACAAAACGGCAAAAACAUGCCAAAGCAAAAGAAGAAGAGAAAAACCAGCCAAAACACAUUGUAUUUAGUGCUAUUUAUUGAUAAACGUAAUUUUAAGCUAAUUAUUCAUAAUUUCGGAUUUGGAAUUUAAAAUGAAUAAAUCAAAAUAUGUAUGGGACUUUUUCCGGAAAAUAAGAAGUUUUAUUUAAAAUGUUUUUGAUUCUUAAAAACUAAAUCCUUGCAUUUUUAUCCUCUAAAACCUUGCAUGCGUUUUUGUUUUAUGUUUGGUUUUUUUUUUCUUGUUUUUGAUCUAAGUCGGUAAUUAUAAAAUUUGGUAAUACCAACGUUCUUAAGGUUCUCAUUCUUUGAUUUAACCUUGUCCCAUAUGGGACAUAUGUCAAACGGUUCAAAGCAGCGCAUGCGUUAAGAGCUCGGUGCGUGGUACAUCUAUGUUACUAAAGGUACCAAUUUAAACUUCCACCUGAACUGAUGAAACGCAGAUGCUGUUGAUUUUUGCAAGGGGGAAAUCACUCUUUUCAAUUGUUUUCCACCCAAAAGAAAUUGUUAAAGAAUACGUAAUUCGACAGGCCAGAAAGAAAGAAAAUAUAAAAGUAAUUUUCCACCAAAAAUUACACACAAAAUGUACUUUUCUGUCUGUUUUCUAUCACCUUUAGUCACAUUUUUCUGGCAAUUAGUUACUUUUUCUCAAAGUAAUUCAAAAGAGUGAUUUGUGUCAUCCCCUUGGAUUUUUGUCGCAAAUGAUGACACUAUUUCCAAGCGAUUGCGACCGUAUACGAUCUUUUCCACACAA